CCUCUCGUUCCGCCGACACACACAUUGAUUACCGUCGACUGCGAUACAACCGACCGAAUUGCUCUGCUUCUUCCCAUCGCAGGCACUUCACCUCGUCCUACUCUUCCAGUAACCGUUAACUCAGUUUCCUGGUCAUACAGCAAUCAUGUCCGCGACAGAGGCCAACAAAGCCGUGGUGAAGAAGUUCGGCAAAGGCGAACGAUCAGUGCCUCAUUACAGCCAGAAGGCUUCCAAGUGGUAUCCUAGCCACGACGUUGCGCAGGCCAAGAAGUCACGCAAGACCAUCCAGCCAUCCAAGCCUAGGGCAUCUCUGCAACCUGGCUCCGUUCUCAUCCUCCUCGCCGGCCGUUUCCGCGGCAAGCGUGUCGUCCUUCUCCAGCACCUCAAGGAUGGUGCCCUCCUAGUCACAGGUCCUUUCAAGAUCAACGGAGUUCCCAUCCGCAGAGUCAACUCCCGCUACGUGAUUGCCACAUCCACCAAAGUCGAUGUCUCCGGCCUGGACAAGGCGACUCUCGAGAAGUUGGCCAAGCCCGAGUACUUUGCCCGAGAAAAGAAGAGCAAGAAGCAGAAGGGUGAGGAGGCAUUCUUGAAGCAAGGAGAGACAGCAGAGAAGAAGAAGCCCGCCUCAGAACGUGCCGCAGACCAGAAGACCAUCGACAAGCCUCUACUAUCUGCCAUCAAGAACGAAGAAUUCCUCGCCAGCUACUUGAAAUCCAGCUUCUCUUUGAGACACGGACAGCGACCUCACGAGCUGAAGUUUUAGAUUCCAUAAAUCCAUCCAUCCAUCACCAACCCUAGAACAGGGAAUCACCGAUGGAUUGAGGAGAGAACGGAUGACAACCAAGAUGUGUGGUUGAGGAACUGGCAAGGAGAGGAGAGGACAGUACAGGGGAAGGGGAGGGGAGGGGAGGUAGACGAAGGGCGUUUCGUUGUCGUUGCUGCUGCUGCUGCUGAUGCUGAUGCUGUUGUUGUUGUUUGCUUGCGCGGUGCAUGAUCCACCCGAGCAUCUUAUCUUGUUCGCGGGCCCUCCCUUGCGAGCAAGAAAAUAUGAGAGAAAGAAGAGAAACCAAGACACACAAGAAGCAAAACAAUCUCACGAAGGAAACCAGAAUAACGUACAGUACAGUCCCAUCGGGUCAUCACAGUAGGCACAUGGACAGACCAGUGUGGAGAGAGAGACAGAGAAGACACACCAUGGCCGAAGUGAACCAAAAGGGAAUACUGGUUGCUGGACUCUGGGGUACUUAACGUGUGUAUGUGUUGUGUUGUGUGAGAGAGACAAAGACAAACAACCCCAGACAUCCAUCCGUCCAAUCUAUUCAUCACCAAAGUGAUUUGGGAUUUUUAAUGAUUGAUUCUCCGAAAGCGAAACCGAAACCAAAGUCAACAAGUGAUGUGUAUUGGAUCGACAUCCUGAGUUUGAUGUCUAUAACCUCUCCUUCGUCUUGCUUCUUCAGGAGAGCCCCCUUCCUUGGGUCCCCUUUUUUCCAGCCUUAUUAACUCAACAACCACAAAAUAAGACUUAUGAAACCUGA